AUGGUUAUUAAUUGUGUCGGUAAAACCUUUGAAAUUAUGGCCUGGAAUUAUCCAGACAAUUUCACCUUGCUUGAGGCUGGGAAAUUGGCUAGCAAAAUUGGAUAUCGGGUCGCUAAGAGAGAGUUUAAGAGAGAUUGGGAGAAAUAUAAGAAGGGCCACCAGAAAAGGAAGGCCGCUAGGGCGAUAAAGAAAAAGAAAGCUAAGGAAAUUAAAUAUGGCAAGAAUAAAGAUUUGAAAGAAAAUAUUGUGCAACAGGCUAGCAACCCAGAAAAGCAAAAAGAGCAGCCCAAAAGAAAAAGAGCUUGGUACCAAGUUUUGAGCUGGUCUGUUGAUGACUUGGACGAUUAUUUAAAGAAUAAUCCUCAACCUCCAGAAAAUCCAAUUAAAGCGAUGGUUAAAUCUUGGUUUGAAAAAGAACCCACCAAGUUACCACCAAGAAUUUGGAUGUUGAACAAAGAUUCAAGUCAAGAGUUUUCGGAUUCUACUAUAAACCGUAAAACGUUGACAUCAGACACCGAUGCUAAAGUUAUAGAGCCAGAGGCUGUUGAUGGUAUAAAUGGAAAUGAUCACUGUAAUUCUGACUCUUCAUUACUGGCAAUGGAGGCAUUAGUGUCUCUGGAUUAUAUCAGUAAUUCUUCUACUUAUUCAAUCAAUGUAAAAAAUUUACAAUCAGUUACUAGUGAAAAAUGGUCCAUUUUCCGGAGUUUAAAAAAAUGUACUUCAUCUUCAACUCAAAAAAUAAAUGAAGAGCAGGAUUCAUCUCGAUCAAAAUCAAGAUGGAGAAAUUUUCUUGGGAAACUCAAGAUAAGAACAUCCAAAAGAUCUAAUGUACUCACUGAAUUAUCUUUACAAUCUUGUGAUCGUUCUUACGAGGACCCAAAAAGUUAUCAGCAUAAUAAAUUUGACUUCAAGUCCAGUUCUGUGCCAUUUACUAGCGAUGAUGAGAAGUUGUUCAGUCACAAAUCACCAAGUUGUCGUGGAGAAAGCACCACACAGACAGAACCAAUUGGAAGUAGGGAAUUGACGCCUGGCUAUAAUCCCAAGAAAGUAGCGCAGACACAAAAGACUGAAAAUCAAUGUCUUGAUUUAGUCUGUAGUGAUAAUAAAACCGCCAACGUUUGUUCGGCUAGUAAAGACCUUAUAGCUGGUAAUAAUGAACUAGUGAGUAAACAAUUAAUUUGUGGGGACAAUUCAAAUAUCGCUACCAACAUUGUUAGCAACAAUGCUAGUAAUAAUGCUGCUGAUAAAUUGAGCAUUGACGAUUACAUGAAGUUUUCUUGCACUAAAAAUUGUGAAAAUCUAACAUCUUACUGUGAGAAUAUUCUCGAUCAAAAAUACAUGAUUGAGAGUGACUCAAACAUUAGUGCUGAGCUGCAAAAAUUAUUUAAGACGCUUGAUGAUGAAAUUGAAUACUAUUCAGAAAAUCUCAAAAAGGAUUGCAAUAAUAUUUCCAUUUCUGAAUUUGACAUUAGCGUUGUAAAACCUUUAAAUAUUGAACAGUUAUCCAUAAAUGAGGAAGCUUCUAUAUGUACAGAGAAAUUGAAAAUUGUAGAGGCAAAGGUAGGGAAUUCUGUCUCGGAAAAUGGGGAAAUUUCGAGACCUAAUACCAAUACCUCUGCCAACUCUGAGCAUAAUCCAGAACAAGCCGAUCUCCAGGAUAACGUUUCACAGGAGUUUAUCAGGAAUAGUAUUGGUAAUGAGCAAGUCUCAACUGAAAGUAGUAUCCAAAAACAACAGAUAGACAGGGGAACUCCAUCUGUUAUGCAACUAUUCAGCAACUUUGUAGAAAAUUCCAUUAAUCAAUUGAAGAAGAGAGCUGAUUUUACUCAGAAUAAGGGGAACUGGGAAGGUGACCUUGGGACCUUACCAGAACAGUUACCCAAUUCAAUUGAAAAGGUUUGUGUAGAUAACCUCAAACAGCAACAGCAACAACAACAAGUAGAUCUGACAGGGAAUACAAUAGAAUCAAUCAAUUCAUCCAGCACCAGUAAUGUGUUUGUUUCCGCAAAAGGAACAACUAAGGUAGGUUCAGAUACUGUAGUGUCAGGAAGCAGUGACCAUCCUCUUAAUGGCGCCAAGCAAUCUGCUGAUGAAAAAACUGAGGUAAUGACUAAUGUUUCUCACGAAUGUAGUGCUAAUGAAAGUAAACUAAAUGCCAACGGUAACAUUGGCCUUGGUAAUGCAAUAACUUCCAUUUUUAAUGAAACCUGCAAUAAAUUGUCUAGUAUGACAUUCCCAGUCCUAUUUAAAAAGCCUCUUCAGGACGAACCGUCAUUUACAAUAUCAGAAAUAGAUGAUAAGGAAAAUAGAGAGUGUGAUGUUAUAACUGAAGAAAAAAGAGCUGAAAUUCAAGAGCAAAUAAAGAAAUCAACAGCUGAGUUCAAUAUUUUCUUAAAAGAAAAAACUAAGCCCUUAGAAAAGUAUGAAAACCUUUCCUAUUGUCUACCAAAUGUAAUUGAUGAAUCUAAACUACAUCCGAGGAUUCAGGCUUAUCAAAAUGAUAAUAAUGGCUUUAACAAUGAAAAUGUGGGAUAUUUUACAUUGUUAGUUGCCUCUGAUCGUGAAUGGGAAAAGGAACGCCUAAAGAAGGAAGAGGCUACCAAUAGCCUACCUAUUCAGCAUUGUACGUUGGAUGGUUUAGACAAGGGGAUUCAACAAGGGUUGAAUUCUUAUACAAGCUCAAAUGUGGUCAGUCCUAACAAGCGCAUAAUAAGUUCAUGUAAAGAAAAGAAAGAAGUACCAGAAUGCCUGUUAGAGGGAAUAAAGGAAGUUGACAAUAUAAUUCAAUUACAGGAGCCACUCAUUGAACGCAAGGUAUCUGAAAUCACUAACGAGAGUUAUAAAAGUGUACCGUCAACCAAAUCCGUCUCCUUCAAAGCCGAUUGUAGCAUUCAUUCAGUUUCUAAAAGUAAAUCAUGCACGGCAGGAACUUCGAAAAGCAUCAAAGGUCCGACAGAUCAUGCAGCCAAACCACUCAAAAGCUGCUUGAAGAAGUCAUUUAUUAGUCCUGUUUCACUUGACAAUAAAGUCAACGAGCAGUCUAGUAAGGAAGUAGGGGUAGCUUCUGAGAAUGUCGGAGUUAUAUCUGUUACCUCUUUCCACGACAAAUUACCUGAUCAAUUUGAUGAUGUAAAUCACAGAGAUAGUAGAGCAAUCUCUAAAGUGCCUUCGGGUAACUGUUCUGUAGAUCAUCUACCAUUAGAUCCGGAAGUCGUUAAUAAAGUACCUCCAGGUGAAUAUGACUCUGCAGUUGGUACAAAUAAACAAUUAUAUAACGAACCUUGUAGUAAACAAGAUAGUUUUAGGAUUGUGGAAUCAUUAAAAAUCAAAAAGAACACUCCACCUCCACCUCCUCCACAUGGGCAACUUAAGAAGAAGCCUCCUCCACCUCCACCACAAGGGCAACUUAAGAAGAAGCCUCCUCCACCUCCACCACAAGGGCAACUUAAGAAGAAGCCGUCACCAUUGCCACAACCAGUAACCGUCACUGGAUGUUUUCCUUCGGAAAGAGAAUAUCCUAUCUGUACUGGGGAACAACAAAGCACUCCAAAUAAGGUUGACGAUGAAUGCGUUACUGUCAAUUCGCUAUGUAGUCAGAACUUCUCAUCAAAAAUUGUGGAUUGUGAUGAACAUAAGUAUGACUCGGUGGCAAACGACUCUAGUCCAGAUUCUAUAAUAGAUCACCCAAUUGCAAACUUAAAUGGUCUUACUCCUGAGGAGUCUUUCGACAGUGAGACAGAAAGCAUUGAUUAUACGUACGAGCUUGAUGAGUUUGAGAUAGCACUCCCUGAGUGGGUGAGAGAGAAAAGAGCAACGAAAGGUGAGUCAAAAUUAGUUAAAAAACUAGACCAUCGGCUCAUUAAGAGUCAAGUAGAUAAAAAUGGGGUUUUUGUCUUUGGAACACCACAUUACCAUGAUGCCUGUCCUGUUUGGGUAGUCGGCCCACAUUCGAGAUUAAUUUCAGAGAAAGAAAAGGCUAAUAACAAGCCUAUUUAUAAGAAAAAACUGCCAAAACGAUUGAAACGUAUCAGAAAGCGAAUAGUUUGGCAUCGUAAUCGUAUUGCUAAAUCAUACUCAUCUCAGCCUCAUAUACGUUACCGUGUUAUUGAGAAUGCAGCUGAUAAUCCAUAUUUAGCUGAAGGGGAACAUACUUUUGAUGCAGGUUAUAAAAAGGUUGGCGUGAAUAUGUAUGAUUUUGAUAUGGAUGAAUGGUUGCAGUCGGAACAAGAUGUCGACGCUGGGGAUGUUGUCAAAGUUGUUCCGGUAGCUAAUCUUGACGUUAACCAAGAAAGGUUUUGGAUUUCUUUAUUCAGCGAUCUUAAGACAUUUGCAAAGAUAGAGUUGAAUAUAAAACAAAAGAGACCAAGAUUUUUAUUGGCUGUCGAUGAAUGUGAGAUUGAUCAGGAUAAAUGUAUAGUGGAUGACAUGAAAAUACGUGGAUGUUCCUAUUUGGCAGAUGAACCAAAAGAUGAGAUAUUGCUAGAGAAACUUUUAGAUGAUUUCUACUUAGAAGAUUUCGAUCCAUUAGCAGCUCUGAAGAAUGGUUUUAUGACAAAGAGCGAGGCUGAAAGAAUAAUGAAAGUACAGGAAUUAAAAAAAAGAGGUUUAAAGGAUACUCCUGAGUUUGAAUUCCUGAAUGAUAUUAUCGGGGAGACAGAAGAAAUGGUGUAUAGUUUUGAUAAGAAUAUGCCUAUCGAGGAUGCAGUUGCUUACGCUACGAAGGUUAAAUCUUUGGCGAUUGUAGAGUGCAGGGAGCGGCACAAGUUGAAGCUACCACCAAUCGACUCUGAGGGUGUUGUCGUAAAAUUCAUCAAGAAUAUGGAUAAAGUGUUGGCAAACGUCGAUACUGAAAUUACAGAGUUCUACAUAAAAGGAGAUUUGUAUGAUAUCGCUCUCGAAGAAAUCGUGCGCGAUGUUCAAAAAGGAAUCAGGCGAAAGAAGAUGGAAGAGUAUCGAAAGCGGUACGAAUGGAGAAAAAAGAUUCUUUGGGACGUUUAA